AGAAAGGAAGUACGAUUGAUAGCAGAUAUCUUUGGCCGACGAUGCAUGGUGUUUGAAAAUGUUUGUAAUUGUUCAGGAAACUUCUAUGGAGUCGAUUGCAGUGAGUGUGCGUUUGGUUGGUCAGGAGAAAAUUGUGGAAUGAAAAAACAAGCCGUUCAAAGAAAAAGUUUUGGCAGUCUAUUGGAUUCUGAAAAGCAAAAUGUUGUGAACGGUAUGCUCAUGCUAAAGAGUGAAAUGGGUUAUUGGAGUGUUGUUACUGAAGAGCCACCAACUGCUUCUGGCACAGUUACACUGCAAAAUGUUUCUACUUAUGAUUUCCUUGUCUACAUACACAACUACGUGUCCCGAGAUGCCUCGGAGGCAUGCAAAGUUCUUAAUGGCGGUAUAAAUGUUGACUUUGCUCAUUCUGGGCCAAAUUUUCUAGUCUGGCACAGAACAUAUCUGCUGAUUUUGGAAAGAGCACUUCAAAGAGUGCUAGACAAUCCUAGUUUUGGCCUACCAUACUGGAAGUGGGAGGGCAAUGACCUUUCGGUAUUUGAUGAACGAUAUUUUGGUACAUUGCCAACGAGAUCAAGAGAACGCCAAGAUAUUACAAAUGGAUUAAAUUGGAAAACAGUUUGUGACAUCUCAUUUAGACUGAAAACUACAGAUAAGGUUGGAAGGGAAGUAGAUGCUUAUUGGAAUGACAAAGAUCCGCGUAAUUGUAUGCAAUAUUGGGCUCCUUGUGACCCUAUCACUGAUUUAGGGAAUAGUAAUCGGCUUCAAAGAGGGAAUGCUUAUUUAAAAGGAUACCUACCGAAUGUACGUGAGAUUGAAAUAGCGAUAGCUGCGCCAGAAUAUGAUGCACCAGGUGAUAACGGCAAGUAUGGUCAGCGCAGUCUACGAGAUAGUUUUAGAAGUAGACUGGAAGGUUGGAGUUUGAUAUGCUCAACUUCUGACUUGUGUGUCGGGCCUCAGGUAUCACCAAUGUAUCAACGAUUACAUAAUAAUGUUCAUGAUUGGAUAAAUGGGCACAUGAGCGUUCCACCAUCUGCCGUAAAUGAUCCUGUAUUUAGUCUGCAUCACAGCAACAUCAAUCGAAUUCUUGAAAGCUGGAUGCAACGCUUUCCAUCUGGUGAAAUACCUCAAUACAAACCCGACAGUAGGGGUCAUAUUGGACAUAAUUCGCAAGACUACAUGGUACCAUUUCUUCCUCUUAUAACACCGAAUCAGCAAUAUAGUACAAGUGAUAACUGGGGGUAUGAGUACGAUUAUCUUAUUGAGGCUACUAUAAGUGAUAAUGAUAUACCAAACUGCACCUAUACUGAAGAAAACAUUCAGGAAUGCCGUAUAUGUACUGCUCAUAGCAGUGAUAGCUCUACUCAAUGCACUCAAUACGAAUUCGAUGCGAUAGCUUGUAUCGGAGAGUAUCAAACUUGCUCGCUUUCGACCGAAGAUAUCAGGGUAUGCUCAGCAACUGAGCCGACAGUGAGGCCUACUCCGGGUUCAAGUUCCAAGAUGCUUAAAGCUAGCUUGCUACCGUUCCUGCUCAUUGUCUUCCUCACGUUGAUACUCUGA